GCGGUUUGUGAGUGUAAGAGCCACGGGAGAUGCGACAAUGGAACUCCACCACCUCAUGGACCUUCUUUCCUCUCAGUUCAUACAAUGAUCUAUCAAGUAAAUCCCACACCCACCCACAGAUCAGUCCCAUGAUCAUUUUGAUGGCAUAAACUUUGAGUCACGAAAGCUUCUACUGUGAAAACUCUGUUGAUCUUUAAGUUGCUACUGGAUUCAGAUUUUGUCCUAUUAGCGCAGACUAUCGUGGCUUUUUGGUUGAGCUUUUCUGCCCCUUUUCAAACUCAAAAUACAGCUGCAACAUAGAUUUUUACACGAUAAUUAUUCUACUGACUGUUUUGAGCUGAUGCACAUCUGGAGCAUAUCUUACAGUUUCACUUCUUUCUGAAAAGAUGUCACUGUUGCCUUGUGUGAGAGAGGAAGAACGGGCAAGGGGCCUCAUCCCUCAUCCUCCUGCAACAAUGGAAACAGAAUUGCUGUUGACUCCGAUCACUGCUCUGGAGAUUGUAGGAGAUCAUUUGGUAGCAGGUGAAGGACCCAACAUAGCUGUCUACUCUUUGGAGCCUGGAACCAUCCGGUCGCUGAAAUGCUGCAAGCCGGUCCUUCGGAACUAUAACAUCCAUGGUAUCAAAGAGCAACAGAAGCCGACUCCAGGAGUGGGUGGGGCCACCACCCUGGCCAUCUUUGGGGGCAAAGGCCUUGUGAUCGUGGAGUUCAGCCUCCAGGAUAGCACGGUAACGUCAGUUGAGCUCUUUCCUUUUUGCGAGCUGCAUGAUUGGAUCUGGGAUCUGCAAUGGCUGGAAGGCAGUGGUGAGAUUCCCAGCUGUGUGGCACUGGCUCUUGGCCACAACUCUGUGGCUCUGUAUGACUGCGUUGGUCAAAAGAUCCUCCGAGAAGUCCACUGCCAAGAGAAAUGCAUCCUUUACUCUGCCCAUUUGGUUGGCAGUGAGUGGGACAGUGUGGUUCUGGUGGCUGGCACCGUCUUCAAUCAGCUGGUGAUCUGGGGUGUGGCUGACUCUGCAGAUGACGCGGGCAGGAUAAAACCUCGCAGCAGGAUCGGUGGGCAUCAGGGGGUCAUCUUCAGCAUCUGCUACUUGGAAAGCAAAAGCAUCUUGGCCUCGGCUUCGGACGACAGAAGCCUGCGGCUGUGGGGCGUCAGCGACCUCCAAGCACCUCCAGAUCCCGUCCCGUGCUUGCUUGUGUGCUACGGGCACCUGUCCAGGGUGUGGUCAGUCCAGCUGCUGAACAACUACAUCGUCAGCGUAGGAGAAGAUUCAGCUUGCCUUGUGUGGAACUACCAGGGCGAGAUUGUUCAGAGCUUCAAAGGACACAAAGGCCGGGGUCUGCGCGCAGUGGCUGUGCACGAGGCACGGGGCUGUGUCUUCACAGGCGGGGCUGAUUCUGGCAUUAGAUGCUGGCACUUCAAAGGGCUGACAACCGAUGGGAGGAGCCUCUUACAGCUCAAUUUCCUGUCCCCUCAAAGAAAAGGAUCACCCAGAGCAGUGAAACUGGUGGAUGCUCGCCGACUCCUCGUAAUGACCGACGCUGGGGCGGUAUACUCUUAUGACUUGACCUCUAAAGCCUGGGCAUUGAUCCUGGAGGAUUCUGCCUAUCGGUCCUACAGCCUCCUAGAGGUGUCUGAGCUUGCUGGGGGAGGUAUCCUAUGCGCCAUGGGCAGUAUUUCAGGGCAGGUCAAAAUAUUUCCUCUCCUCAACCCUGCGCAAGGCAAAGACCUAAAUCUGUUCGAGGGGAAAGUGCACAGCCUGAGCUGGUCCUCUCGCCCGGGCCAGGAUCUCAGCGCUUGCAGUCUCUUCGCCUCUGGCUCCGGCGGCGUUCUGCUGUGGCUGGAGGUCUCUUGUCACCCACUUGAUGCCUUGACUGUGGUGGUAAAGCAGUGCUUCCUCCUGCCACCUUGCAAGCAGCGAUGGCACACGUGUACCACCUACCUUCCCUCGGGAGAGUUUCUGCUGUGUGGGGACCGCCGGGGCUCUCUGAUGCUGUUUGGGUGCAGGACUCCUUUGGACUUGGAACAAGACAAAACCUCAGGGAGAGGAAACGUAGGUAUCUCAGGUUCAGCAAUGGUCUGUAACGGGCUAGGGCUGGACUUUCCUAUUAGAGGAGAGGCGCCACACGGCAAAGGUCCUGUUUCUCUGAUCUUUGGGCUUCACAGGAAGACCGGCGUAACCUCUGUAGCCUGCCAUGGUGGCUUCAUCUACAGCACAGGUCGUGACGGCUGCUACCGGCAGCUCCAGGUUCUGGGCGAGCAGCUCCAAGUGCUGAGGAAGCAGAAGCCGUGUAAAGGCCUGGAGUGGCUGGAAGGGCUGCAUUUCAGCUCUGAUGGCAGCGUGUGGGUCCUAGGCUUCCACGCUGCCCACUUUGUGCUCUGGCACACCAACACCGGUGAGGCGCUGCUGAGCAUCCCGUGCGGGGGCGGCCAUCGCUCCUGGAGCUACACCCGCCGCCUCUCCGCUGAGACCUUUGCUUACAUCAAAUCCGGGGACGUGGUGGUCUACCAAAGUACAGAGGCGCCCAGAGGGCAGCGGGUCCUCAAAGAAUCUUUGCAUGGGCGAGAGCUGACUUGCGUGUGCCACAUUGGAACGUUGAAAACAUCCAGGCAGGAGGCAGUGAGCAUCUUUGCCACGGGCAGCGAGGACAACGUGGUGAAUAUUGUAGCCUUUGGAGUGCAGUUUCAGGCUUUGACUCAGCUCACAGCUAUCGGUGACCAUAUCUCCAGCGUGAGAGCUCUGGCCAUAGUGGAAAGCUGCACAGUUCAGCAGGAGUCGGGGAGCAUCUCCUCCCUCCUUUUCUCAGCAGGGGGCCGGGCCCAGAUUGAGUGUUACCGUUUACAGCUCAGCCCCGAUCACGGUUCUAGCAGCGGUGUGCUGUGCCAGCUGAUCCACUUGGCAUCCCAUCGGCUGGAUGAGCAAUGGGAUCGCAUGAAGAAUAGGCACAAAUUGAUCAAGAUGGACCCAGAGACCAGGUAUAUGUCGAUUACAGUGUUGGCAGGUCCUGAGGUAGCUGAGCCAUCUGGUCCCUUACUCUUUCUAGCGGCUGCCUGCAGUGAUGGAUCUAUCCGACUCUUCUUGCUGCUUGAGCGUGCCCAGAAACUGUGGCUUGUGGCAGAGUCUUUUCACCAUCAGCGCUGUGUCCUCAAAGUCCAAGUGUUUACAGGCAACACGGCUGACGGAGGAAGAAGACACUUCUUGGUCAGCGCUGCCACUGACGGGUGUCUCGCAUUUUGGGAUAUCACAGCUACCAUUGAUUGUGCCCAAGAGGCUGUAAAAGCAGAAGUCAGAGAGAUUAAACUUCAAGCUCUGGGAACUCUGGUCUUUACCAUCCAGGCUCACAGCUGUGGUGUGAAUAGUCUCCAUGUCCAGGAAACAGCAAGUGGCCAUUUCCUCGUAGCCAGUGGCAGUGACGAUGGCUCCAUCCACAUCUGUGUUAUCGAAGUGAAUGCUGGGAGCAUUGUCAGCCAGCAAACAAUUGGUGGGCAUGGCAUCCAUGUCCUCAGAAAUUUCUCGAGACAUUGUGCUCACGCGGCUCAGGUGACAGGAGUCCGACUGUUACACCCCGACUACCUUCUUUCUGUUUCUGUGGACCAGCGCCUGACCCUGUGGCGCCUUGGUGAGGACAGCCUGUCGUUCGUGUGCAGCAAGUUUUGCCAUGUAGCUGAUGCAGCUGCCUUAGAGUGUUGGAACAGUGAGCAACGCAGCUGGUAUAGUGUGGUAUGUGGGCAGGGCAUGGAAGUUCUCCGGUGCAAGGUGUGAACAAAGCCCUCUUGGACAUUAUGCCAGAUGCAUAAACAAAGCUUUUUGUAUUUGAGAGAGGGGGGACAUGAAGUGAGCAUAGAAUUUCCUUAUUUUGGACUGAUCAAAUUUCUGGAAAAUGAAGACAGCAGAAGCAUUUUAGGAAAUUAGCAACAACCAGUAAUUUUCGUGAUGAAAAGAAGUCUGCUAAGUUCAGACACUGAGGUUUCUGAAUUUUAAGCCCCGUGGUCUUGUCACCAUUAUAGAGAUCGUUUUUCAGAAAUUGCUAUGGAAGGGGGUUCUUCUUGGGCGGGACUGGGAGCCAUCAGCUGCUCCUUAAUUUUAAAAAGCCUGUAGAUUUAGCUUGCCAAAUUGUUGUUUAGUCAUGAUCUUGGAAACAGUGUACUCCACGAUUCUGUGUUCUGCAUAAUUGAGAUCUUUGUACAGAGAACAUUAUUGAUCCUACUGGUGCUCCCUUGUGGGGAAGGAAUGAAAUUCUCCUCUUGUCCCUUAUAGCAACAAUGUAAUGUAAUGUAAUGUAAUGUAAUAUAAUGUAAUGAAACUUAUGCAAUGCAAUGUAAUAUAAUGAAACUUUCCUAUCCACCCCUAUGCUUGUUUGAUAUUUUUCUUCAUGCCUGACUGCUCACUGUUAACUAUUCAAGGUUGGGUACUGUUUAUCUCACAGAAAUGUUACCUUU